AUGGCGUUCCGUCACGAGAAAUAGGGUUAAUAAACGGUAGAGGAGUGUACGUCUAAACGUAAUUACUGGAAAUUACAAAUUCAAAACACAACUUUUCUUCAUCAUUGGGGCAAAGAAACAUUCGUUUCAUCCGCCAUGUGAUAAGCUGGCAACCAUUGGUUUAUUCAACCCACGUGAUUGGCCUGGUUAAAGAUGGCGGAUUGCAACGAGGAACAUGAGCACGUUCAAGUAUCGGAACAUGCCAGCUGUUCGUACAGUCGCGACAGGCAGUUAUCAGAAGUCGCAAGUAGAUCAAGAGAUAACAAGCUGGUUGGCAGUAUGAAGUCGAGGAGUCGUUACAGAAGUAGAUCGCUAUCCGCAUCUUCAACUGACAGUUAUAGCUCUGCUUCAUAUACGGACACAAGUUCUGAUGAUGAGGGUGGAUCUCCGAGAGAUAAAGUACAGAAAAAUUCCAAAGGUUUUGAUGAUUUUUGUAUUAAAAACAUAAAUCAAGCUGCAUUUGGUAGAAGGGAAAUAGAAAUAGCAGAACAAGAAAUGCCAGGCAUUGUUGCUCUUAGGAAACGUGCCAUGAAAGAUCUGCCAUUAGUGGGAGCUAAAAUUGUUGGCUGUACACAUAUCAAUGCUCAAACUGCAGUAUUGAUAGAAACAUUGGUUCAAUUGGGAGCAUCUGUCCGAUGGGCUGCUUGUAAUAUUUAUUCAACUCAGAAUGAAGUUGCCGCUGCUCUCGCUGAAGCCGGAAUAUCAGUAUUUGCAUGGAAAGGGGAAUCAGAAGAAGAUUUUUGGUGGUGUAUUGAUUCCUGCGUGCACUCUGAUAAUUGGCAACCAAAUAUGAUUUUGGACGAUGGCGGCGAUGCAACUCAUCUGAUGUUGAAAAAAUAUCCAGCAGUUUUCAAGACAAUCAAAGGAAUAGUAGAAGAAAGUGUGACAGGCGUUCAUCGUCUAUACCAGCUUUCUAAAGCUAACAAAUUGACUGUACCAGCUAUGAAUGUGAAUGAUUCUGUCACAAAGACCAAAUUUGACAAUCUGUAUUGCUGCCGAGAAUCUGUACUUGAUGCUAUGGAAGGUUUCAAGGUUGUGAAAAUAAAUGAAGUGAUACGCUCUGUUGACAUAGUGAUUACUGCUACUGGAAAUAAAAAUGUAGUAACACGUGAACACAUGAAUGUCAUGAAAAACGGUUGUAUCGUGUGCAAUAUGGGCCAUUCAAAUACUGAAAUUGAUGUACAAAGUUUGAGAGCUCCAGAUUUAACUUGGGAAAAAGUGAGAUCUCAGGUCGAUCACAUCAUCUGGCCGGAUGGAAAGCGAAUCGUUUUGCUAGCAGAGGGCCGUCUAGUUAAUCUCAGUUGUUCCACAAUACCCUCUUUUGUGGUUUCGAUAACUGCUGCCACACAAGCAUUGGCUUUAAUAGAACUGUAUAAUGCUCCAAUAGGCAGAUACAAAAAUGAUGUUUAUUUAUUACCAAAAAAAAUGGAUGAAUACGUCGCCAGCUUACAUCUACCGUCGUUCGACGCGCAUCUGACCGAAUUGACCGAUGAGCAGGCAAAAUAUAUGGGAUUAAACAAAGCAGGACCAUUUAAGCCAAAUUAUUACAGAUAUUAAUCAAACCGCUGUUGAUUAGUUACGUGAAUUGCCUGCAUUCAUCAUUUCACUUCCAUUGCAUCGAAACAUUCCACCUACUGCCUGUUAACUACAGAUUAAAGGAAAGGGAGCUGUACAACCCAUAGAUUACAGAACGGGAAUAAAGAACGUUGUUCUUGGCAAUCAACUUCACCUUCUGCGGAUAAAAUUUUUUUCAAAAAUGUACAAUUUAUUGAAUGUUUAUUGCCUUUUCCAUAAAAAAAAAAGAUGUGAUAUUGAUUUAAAUGAAUUAUAUGUUAGAGAGCGAGAGCGAAAUGAAGACAUAAACAUAAUUGGCAGUCACAAGUGGUAAUUUAGAACAUUCACAAAGUAAAAAAUGGAUUCUGUAAAAUAGAGCAAAGAGUAUGUGUUACACAUUCCAAAUAAUUGUUUCAUAUAUUUUAGAUAAGUAGUUUUGCAUCUUCAAGAACAUUGUCAGUUGAGUAUUAAUUUCAGAUAAGGAUCAUUUAUUGUACAUUCUUGUGCCAAAUGCUGGUACGUUUCCAGUUGUCGUCGUCGUUACUUUAUUAUUAUUAUUAUUUUUUUUUAAUUAGUUAUCAGGGCAUUCCACUUGCGUAUGCUUAAGUAAGUUUAAGGAUACAAAGAUUUGGAUGUGCUUUUAAUCUUUCUUUUUAGCUGGUGUCAUAACUAUAAAACUUCAUUUUUUUAAAUUGUUGUUAUUAUUAUUAUUAUUUUGCUACUUAUACACUUAAACAGGUCAUUAUUAAUAUUAGGCAAUCCAUUUUUAACACAUACAAACAGGAAUGUUUAGCUAGAACUCUGCAGAUUUUAAAAUCUCAUUAUUUAUUAUUGUGAGUGUCGUAUUAACUCGGAAUAGUUUUUAAGUUUUAAUGAAAUAUGUACUACUAUCAAUAAAUGAAUCGUGGAAUGUGAUCAGAGAAACAAACAUAGGAAAAAAUAUAUAUAUACAUAUAUAUAUUUUUUUUAGAGUAAAAAAAAGCCAUAAAAUUCUUUAAUGAAAUGUUAUUCUGUUUGUAUUGUUUAAUGUAUAUUUUGAAAGAAAUGUUCAAAUGUUUCUCUCUAUAAUUUAGUUAUUGUAACAUAACAGAAAUAAACAUCCAAUCAUUUGUUUA